AUGGAAGGUCUUUUGUACAAUGUCAACAAUGGCUACGUCGAGGGCAUUGUGCGCGGUUACCGCAACAGCCUCCUCACUGGUCCAGCCUACAACAACUUGACGCAGUGCGAGACCAUUGAUGAUCUUAAGCUCCAACUUGGCCCUGCGUAUGGCGACUUCCUGGCCUCCCUACCACCGAACCCUUCGACAUCGAGCCUCGCAUCCAAGACUACUGAUAAACUUAUCUCCGAGUUUCGAUACGUUCGUGCCAAUGCCGUCGGCUCGCUUGCGACUUUUAUGGACUACGUCACCUACGGGUACAUGAUUGACAACGUCGCGCUUCUCAUCACUGGCACACUUCACGAAAGAGACACACGCGAACUCCUCGAGCGAUGCCACCCCCUCGGCUGGUUCGAGACCAUGCCUGUUCUCUGCGUUGCGACCAACAUUGAGGAGCUCUACAACAGCGUGCUGAUCGAGACACCUUUGGCGCCGUACUUCAAGGGCAGUCUGAGCCACCAGGAUCUCGACGAGCUCAAUAUUGAGAUUGUGCGCAACACCCUCUACAAGAACUACCUGGAGGACUUCUAUCAAUUCGUCAACAGCCACCCUGAGAUGGCUGGGACGCCGACGGCAGAUGUCAUGUCUGAGAUGCUAGAGUUCGAGGCGGACCGCCGUGUCAUCAAUAUCACACUCAAUUCCUUUGGUACGGAACUGGCCAAGACAGAGCGUAAGAAGCUCUAUCCCAACUUUGGAAAACUGUACCCUGAGGGCACGCUGAUGCUUUCGCGGGCUGAUGACGCCGAGGGUGUUCGCUUGGCCGUCGAUGGCGUCCAUGACUACAAGAGCUUCUUUGACGCAGUUUCGAUUGGUGGCGGUGCGUCCGGACCCGGAAACAUGGGCGGCGGCUCGACUGAUGGCAAGUCUCUCGAGGACUUGUUCUACCAGAAGGAGAUGGAGAUUUCGAAGAAUGCAUUCACGAGGCAGUUCACACACUCCGUUGUCUACGCGUGGGUGAAACUGAGAGAGCAGGAAAUCCGCAACAUCACUUGGAUCGCCGAGUGCAUAGCGCAAAACCAGAAGGACAGGAUCGGCAACUUUAUUAGUGUCUUUUGA